AUGGGGAAUGGAAUCAUUAGCUGUAAACAGCCAGCUCAGCCACGCACUCCCAGCCUGCUCAGCUGCUCAGCCGCUCCAGCCCGUUCCCAGCCACGGGCUCAGCCCGCCCAGCCCAGGCCCCCUGCCGUGCCUCAGCCCGGCUCCCAGCCUGGGCUCAGCCCGGCUCAGCCGUCGCGCCCCCGCUCCAGCCCGCCUCAGCCGCGGGCUCAGCCUGGGCCCGCAGCUCCGGCUCAGCCUCCAGCCUGCCCCGCUCGGUGCCCGGUCUCAGCCGUGCCAGUGCCCGGCUCAGCCUGGCUCAGCCCGCCUCAGCCCGCCUCAGCGCUGAGCUGCUCAGCUGGGCUGACUGCUCAGCCUCACCAGCUCCGCUGGGCUCAAAGCCUCACCAGCUCACCACCAGCCUCGCUCAGCCUCGGGCUCAGCCUCGGCUCAGUGCCUGUCUGCCCACCAGCCCCACCAGCCCUGGCUCAGCCUGGGCCCAGCCUGGCCAGCCCCCCGCCGCUGCGCCCAGUCAGCCCAACAGCCCCCCCGCCUCAGCCUGCCCGCCAGCCCAGUCUGCCCGCCCGGCCCGCCUCCGCCCGCCCAGCCCAGCCGCCUGGCUCGCUCCGCUCCUCGCUCAGCUCCGCCUGCGCCCGCCCGCCCGGGCUCGCCCGGCUCAGCCUGCUCAGCCUGCCUCAGCCCGCUCAGCCUGCCCAGCCUGCCUGCCUGGGCUGCUCCUCCGCUCGUCAGCCUAGCCUGCCUCGCCCGCUCCUCAGCCUCGCCUGCGCCGCCUCAGCCUAG